AUGUUGCACCCUCAAACAACUUUGAAAAUACAAUUCCAUGUCUUGGUGUAUAGAAUUCAAAUCUCACCUCAACUAAAACCAAAAAUAUAAACUCAUUUCUCAACACAUUUAAUUUGCAGCCAUGGCCAAAGCACCAUUAACGUUCUCUCUCACCAUCCUCCUCCUCUCCUUAGCCAUUUCCCUCCCAUCAUUAAACUCCCAAGAAUUCGCUACAAAACUCUCCAAGAGAGCGACGUGGAUGAUCAAGAGAGAGGAACUAACUCACCUCCACUUCUACUUCCACGACGUCAUCGGCGGCAGCAAACCGACGUCCGUGGUGGUGGCGCGGGCCGCCACCACGGGCUCCGACCCCAACAGGUUUGGCGAGGUGCUGGUCGUCGACGAUCGCCUGACGGUGGGGCCGAACCUGAGCUCGAGGGUGGUGGGCCGAGCUCAGGGGAUGUACGCGUUGUCCGAUAUGGGCGACAAGGGGGAUUUGGUGGUGUUCAAUUUCGUGUUCGCCGAGGGGAGGUUCAGCGGCAGCACGCUGACCGUGGUGGGCCGGGACGCGGUGCUGUCGGCCGAGAGGGAGGUGCCGGUCAUAGGCGGCACCGGUGUUUUCCGGUUUGCGAGGGGGUAUGCGAGGACGAGGACACAUUUGCUUGAUGUGAAAAGGGGAUAUGUUGUGGAGGAGUAUCAUGUGUAUGUCUUCCACUAUUGAUUCUCAUGCAUAUAGGAUGGGGAUUGGAUCCUCUGCACCCUGCUGUGCAAUUUUUUUUUCCUUUUUACAUUUCCUUUUUAUACACUCUACAAUACUUACUUUAAUUUGUAGCGAUUUUCGGUAACUUGAAUUAAUAAAAGUUAGAUUAGUAUAUUA